AAUAGAUAGAUAAAUGGAUCGGUCGGGACGGUCGACAAUUUAGUUUUUGCAUACGAGAGAUUUAGACGAGUUAACGCGAAACCGAAUUUUUUGAUAAACUUUUGAUCGAGUUGUUUAUAGCGGGAAGAUAAACAACCGCGAGUAAAUACAUAAAAUUUCCAUACAAGCGUUCAUCGUGGAAACAAGUAUUAACCGCUUCAGUUCUCGAUUUCUCGGUGACGAGUAAAAUGCUACGUUUCUACGCGAUAACCAGAAACUCUUCCUCGUCCCAUCUCAACAUCUUCCCCAACGUUCGCCCUACGAGGAGCAGAAGGAACUUGGACGACUCGUUGCUCGCGUUUCGAGGAAAUUGGAGGACGCGCGAUGCUCGACGUUACCGAUCGAGUCGCGCAGAGGCGCGGAACGUGGAGGCAGGUCGGUCGCAUUUGUUCCAGCCGGGCAACGUGCCCGUUACCGACGAAACGUUGGGCAAAUUGGCGGCGGACGCUGCGAGGAGAUGGGGCGACAAGGAGUGCGUGGUCUCGCUGCACCAGGGCGUGCGGCUCACGUUCAACGAGAUACUCGGCCGGGCCGACCGUUUCGCGGCCGGCUUGAAGAGGCUCGGCCUGGAACGGGGCGAUCGGUUCGGCAUAUGGGCGCCCAACGACGUCGAGUGGAUAAUCGGUUUCGUCGCGGCGACGAGGGCGGGCCUCGUCUCCGUCUCGAUAAACCCCACCUACAAGCUCAACGAGAUAGCCUAUUGUUUGAAGAAGGUCGGGAUAAAGGCCGUCCUGUCCCCCGCCAAUUUUAAAAACCAGGAUUACCCGGCUAUGCUGCUGCGCGCCAAACAAACGUGCCCCACGUUGGAGCACAUAAUUAUAUACUCGAAGGAUCACGUUGCGGGGACGCGGCGAUUAGCCGACGUGGAGCAGCUCGCGUCGAAGAUCGAGGUCGAGAGGAUAGCAGGUGAGCAGGAUCGGAUAUCGUGUCACAACGGGAGCAACAUACAAUUCACUUCGGGGACCACUGGAAACCCGAAAGCUACCCUCCUAUCCCACAGAUCGUUGGUGAACAACGCUAGACAGAACGUGUUAAGGUCGGAGAUCAGGAUGGAGAACAAGGUGUGCUUGAACGUUCCGUUCUUCCAUGUGUACGGCCUGAUCAAGGGAUUGUUGACCAUGUUUCAUACAGGCGUCACGAUCGUGUUGGAGGCCCGCUCCUUCAAUCCAACGAAAUCGUUGGAUGCGAUAAUAGGGGAAAAGUGCGAUACCGUGUACGGAACACCGACUAUGUGGAUCACUAUGUUGGACGUGUAUCAUCGCGUUCAACCUCCGCCGAUAACUUUAGCCUGCGGCGUCACAGGUGGGGCGAUAGCGUCGCCUGAGCUUUUUAAAAAAAUACGGGAAAGUUUCAACUUUAACAAUAUAAAGAACAUAUACGGGCUGACGGAGGUGACAGGGGUUAUCUUUCAUUCGAUGCCCAACGAGAAGAAUGAAUUGACAGAUAAUACCGUUGGCCAUUUGAGCGAUCACAUCGAAGUCAAGGUCGUCGACGAGAACGGGAAAACGGUGCCUUUCGGCACCCGCGGUGAACUCUGGUCUCGAGGAUACUCGAACAUGAUCGAAUACUACAACGACGAAGAGGCGACCAAGAAAAGUAUUACCAAAGAUGGCUGGUUCAAGACCGGUGACCAAUUUAUCUUAAGAUCGGACGGUUACGGGCAAAUAGUCGGGCGAUUGAAAGAGAUGAUAAUUCGGGGCGGGGAGAACAUUUUUCCAAAGGAGAUCGAGGAUGUAAUAAUGAUGCAUCCUCUGGUGGCCGAGGUACAAGUUAUUGGCGCUUACGACGAAGUUUACGGUGAGGAGUUGUGCGCAUGCGUACGCCUUCGGGACGGCGCGAAACUCGAGAAGGAAGAGUUGAAGGAAUUCUGCGCAAGUCAAAUGGCGUCAUUUAAAAUACCGCAUUACGUGGAAUUCGUAACGGAAUAUCCGAAAACGUCCAGCGGGAAGGUGCAAAAACGAAGGAAGCAUCGAGUUGUAACGCGAUAUACAGGUUCUCUUAUUCGGAUUCAACGAUUUUCAACGAUAGCACGUGUCGAGGAUGUUUUUACGCUUACGCGAAGCCUCGUGCUUGCCAACUGUCGUCGCGGCGAAAAACGGUGAUCGGUGAUCGAUGACUUGGUACGAGGAAGCAAAGGAUAAUGACGCGUGGCAUGGAAAAAAGGAAAGAAGCCCUGAAACGCGGAGAGAUAGAGGAAGAGGAGAAAUACCGGAAUAAAGGAUCGGUAAGACGAGCAAGAAGAAGAAGAAGAGUAACGAGAAAAAGAAAGAGAUAAGGAGUGGAUGAGAAAGAAGCCAUCGAAAUCCAUGGAUUCGAGAGGGGCACGUGUUUCAGGUGGCGUCUAAUUGAGGAUGAAUGCCUCGGGCAACGAGUCUCGCUUCUUCAAGACUGGAAGACUUGGAAGAGGCGUGCAUUACUGCGGCAGAUGGUGGUCGUGAUUGCAGCUGCUCCGCAACGAACACCUGCCGUUUUCUCCGCCGUCUAUCGAGAUGGACGAAAUCACUGUCCAGUCUUCUCCUUAUCUUCCUUUUUUUUCACCAGCUUUUACUUUUUCCUGUCGCUAUCAGGAUAAAAGUAAGUCUCGCACUGAAAAGAAACGAAAUAGAUAUCGGAUAUCGAUCAGUAAUAGAAA